GCUAGUUUAUGUUUAUCAAGCAAGAAAGUAACAAGACAUGUAUGAGUAAUCGAGUAGACGCGCGACCAGGUAGUUCUUGCUCUUUAUUUGACAGCUCACCGGGAAUCUUCAUGUUCAGAAAUAAUGGCUUGGAAAAUUGUACCAAAAAAGCUUGCGUUUUCCUUUAAUAAUGCAAUUGCAAAGUUUUGAUGAAAUAAGGAUGUUUUGCUGCGGGCCAGCCGCAGCCGUAUAUUUAGACGCGUCGCUCGACGAAGUCGAUGUUGAGAGAUAAGCGUCCUCCGAGCAAACAUGGACACAAGAAAUACGCUAUGAUGAUUUCGAACAAGAGCAAGGAGAUGGGGAUUCUGGUUCUCUACCGUCCGCCCAGUAGAUGAGGUCACUGUUCUCGUCUCCGGGAGGAACUAUACGGUUCUCCAUACGAAUUCUAUCGACGUCCGAAGCAUCGUAUCACGAGUAGUUAUCCGUCUAUCCCUUCCAGCAUUUUCUGGGAACGAAAUCCCAUAGGUCUUGAUCGAUAUGACCAAUCCCUAGUUUUACCAGGACCAGGGACGGAAAGCGAGCGAAGAUAGAUAUACAACAAGCUUUCACUCUUUUCCGACACUAUGCCGCCCAGAGCGAAGAGCAAGAGCAAUAGCGGACCGCCAACACGGUCGGGAUCAAUCGAGAACACAACCCCAACUGCGGGGGAUGACGAAGGCCCGAAAUGGAAGACGGGCAUGGACAGGCACGUGCGAGGGAACGACAGCCUCGGAACACGCAUGACGAGCAAAGGUGUUGGAUCGGGCGACGAGGAACGCAAAGAGACUGGUACCUUCUUACAUUAUUGCCAAGAACAACAACCAAACACGUAGAUGAACCGGGACUAUUCAUGUUCAUGACUUCCACUAGAUCCAGGAUCGGACCUUUACAAUGGUCACUCUUUUGAACAAAGCAUGUAAAAAAUGACGAGAACGCGAGCGCGACCUUUCAUUUCUUAAAAUUCUAUCUACACCUAGCCCUAGAAGAUAGGGGCCUCUCGUCAGAAUUCUGCGUGACUCUUGAGACUUUUCUGAUCGCAAGAAUUUCAAUUGAUUGCUUACGUUCUGAAUACUACUGCAGUUGAGAAUUGCUUUGGGUCUCCCAUCGUCCCAAACAUUUCUUCUUAGAUCUAGAAAAAUUGAUGAAGGUCAUGCAUUUUUUCCCAAAUUACGCAUAGCGCUUAGUACGAGACUGGAGCAGAGCGAAGCGAGGGAAGCGGAGCUUCAGCGAGCUCUGGAGGAAACGCAAGGCGACUGCGAUCUUUUACAAGAAAAAUAUCAGGAAGCCCAACACAGUGCACAACGAACGGAGACGCAGCUCGACGAGCUUGGGAAAGAUAUACUAGACGCAGUGAAGAAGGUUGGUGGCGCUGAGGCAGCAGCAGAAGAUGAGGCCCCACAUUAUGAAAAAAGAUGUCACGACGUCUUGCUCUUGUCCCUGUGUAUCUCUUACUCUUUUUGCACAAAUAUAUUAUCCUCCAUCCGGUACUCAUCAAUCAUGUUGUGCUGGUUGAGAUAGCAUGAGCAGCAGGUUGACUAGUACCACUACGACAGACUACGCAAAGGCAUAAUUGAUUUCCUGCUGAAAGACAAAGACGCGUUGACCAUUUUCUUGCUGAUGAUACGUUAAUAGUGGCCGUGAUGAGCCUGACCACUCACGCUUUAGCUCUAACCCAGUGAGUUCUAAGAACAGCUCGACCGGUCACCGAGUGAGCCGGCGGAUACGCCAGGAGUAGCGGCGAUCAAGCGAGCGGCGCUUAUUCUCAUGAAGUUCACCAAGGAAACCAACAGUCCAUCUAGGAAAGCGGCGCUGCAGCAGUCCAUGCAGGCAGAAAUCGCUACUUUGAAGGAGGAAAUGAACGAUGAAAGGGAGCGCUAUUCUCUGAAGAUGGACGAAAGAGAACGACAAAUUGCAAAACUCAGUACCCUCGUGGGCGAAUUACAGAAGCAAAAUCGGGACGUACUAAAUAAUAAUUGAUGUUGUCGCCCUGCUAAGAAUGCGUUUGAAGAUACUAUCUAUAAAUAUGUAUUCUAUCUAUACCUUUUUUUGUCGGGUCAUCCAACGAUCCGCCUCUCUCCAUCUACGACCACACUUUGAUCCGCUUUCUUGCUGAUGAUCCACUCCACAGUUUACUAUUCCAGGUUAAUCUUAGUUCUGAUUCUAAACUACAGGUGAUAGGGACAUCUUCGGAGGGUGUUCGGGAGGCUCGUGUGGAGAACCAGAAGCUGCGAGAGGAGGUUGAAAGCCUGAAGCAGGAGAGGGACAUGCUUGAUUUGUGGAACACUGAAAAUAUGCGGAUUUUGAGCAGACAAGAAGAACAACUUUUAGGGUCCUCAGCGUGUAUAAUCCAUCUCUCUCGGCAUCUCCCACCGGUACCCUUGUUUGUCUUUCCUUGGAGUUUGUAAUUGCAUACAAGGGAGGUAUGAAAAGGGAAAAAGAAUAACAAACGAGGGUAAAAACGACCCCGACGCCGAGGCGGACUCGAUCUCCCUCUAAAGCCCGCCAAGGAGAAGACAACGCAGCAACUAUUGCGUGAGCAAGAAACACGGUUCCAGAACGAAAGCGGGAGGCUCGUGAGAAGCUGGAACGCCAAAAAAAUGGAAUACGAACAUCAAGGAAAAAACAUUCUAUGGAGAAGAUACAGAUAGAUCAGAAGUAAUGCGCUUCAUUCUUGAUCAUCAUCAUACGAACAUAUUAAUGAUAACGAUGGCUAUUGAAAUGCUUUUUUAGACUCUAGAAUGCGAAGACGACUGGUAUGUUGAAGUAGAGUGAAGAGGUAAAUAGCUAGAUGAAUGGGAGUCUUGAUAUCAAACUAUCAUGUGUAGAAAUGAGGUCAUAUUAUGUUUGCGAUUUGUUCUAAUUUUCACGCGGUUAGAAAUGCAAGUCGAGAAGCUGCAGGAGGAAGUAGGAGCAAAGGAUAUGCUCAUCCUUAGCCUGAGAAAAGCGUCCAAAGCAAGAGACGUGGAGCAGCUGCAAAAGCAGGUGAAGCGACUAGUGAUAGAAAACCAGGACAAGACAGGGAAAAUCAGAGAUUUGGAAACGAAACUGAAGAAGCUCAGUGCGCAGUUCGACAUGUCCUCGCAACAGAAGACGGACGGACUGGGUUUGUCCCUCGAUGCCGUCGCCCAGCUUCUCACACGAGCGGGCGUAGAGCCCGGAGCAGGCGUUUCACAACGUGCGUCGUCAUCGAGCUCUGCAAACGUAGUUAUGCUAAAUAUUGAGAAAGAAGAGCAAACAAGCUUCACAUAGAUACUUCACAAGAACAAGACCAAAUUCUAUUCGGACUUUGGUCGACCUCGAGCUCAAGGCACAUGAUUUAUCUAGGUAUGUACUACAACCUGAUGCAUCGGUGGUCUUAGAUAGAAGGUCAACAAGAAGAAGAACUAGAAGAACAUCCUCAUGAUUCCGAAUGUUAUACAGGCCACCCAUGGUCCAUGCAAUCCGCAUGAGCAAAAACUUGACGUUGACUUCUAUGAUUCCUUGAUCAAUGAAGUGAUAGCCGGCAGAACCUAUAUUCGCUCUAAGCCCAGCAGCGCCGCAGCAGUAACGUCAAGCAGUUCGCGCCUUGCGCCCGCUUUGAGGCCUGUGAGCGCGAGCGUGUCUGAGGUGCAGAUUCAGGUGAUGAGGCAGAAACUACAAGACAAGGACAAAGAAAUAUCCGCUCUACAGGCAACCAUCAAGAGCUACAUAGCGCGAGAGAUUGACGCGAAGAACCGGCUUCGAGAUCAGAGCCAGACGACGAAGAAAUUCGAGGCCAAGGUUGAUGAAUAUCGUUAUGAAAUGAACCUGUCGAACAACAAAUGGGAGCGCAAGUACAACGCCCUACUAGGCGAGCACGACACCUUAAAAGGGGGUGGCACAACAGUCCUGCUUGGCUCCUCUCCGCUUUUGCGUGGCGCUGGAGCGAGCGCAGCUUUGGGCGCCUCUCCAGACGGGAAGCGGACUGGAACAAGAGGCGGGAUAGCAUCACGCGCGUACAGCAAUUUUUCGCAAUCACCAGACUUCGACAUUGGUGAGUUCGAUUUGAGCGAAGAGCCUAGUCCGGAUGCGAUCGACGUCAGUCAGGAAAUGGAGGCAGCAAAACGUAUUUUUCCUCAUACAUAUGUUUCAGUUGAUAUCGUCAAGUUGCAAUUAUCGAUGCCGAGGACACAACUUACAAGACUUCUGCCUCUAAAUUUUAGCGAUUUUCUCUUUUGGUAAGCUCCAUGGGAACAGCAGAUAACGAAAACGAUGAUAAGUGGCCGAUUCAGAGCUUCAUUAUCAAAGGAAAGUAGGUUUUAACCGAAUUCUUGGCAAUCGACAGCUACAGAUACAGUCGCUACUAGUUCUAGUUUAAGAAGUGGCUUCUGUACUCUUUCAACAGAACAUACAAGGCUUAGAUUCAAGUGAACCGUCGAGCUGUUGCUUCUUUUUCAAUGAUAGGUAAUGCUGAGAGUAUCCUGAAGUCCGGCGAUACUUCGAAACCCCAUUGGACGUCGGCGAUUACGCAGGGUCGUCCGAAAUCUGCUUUCACGGGUAGGACCCUUCCAGGCUCGCUAAUUGCCGGGGGAGCGCCAGUGCGGCCGUCAACGUCUGCUGGUCGAGGCUGAGGUAUGUGCAUGAGGGUAUGCCAUUUCUUCGUCUACUUCUUACUAAGGAUGUGACGACUACGAGUACGACUUGGGACUUGUGGUGCCACUUCAGGGGUGUUCUGCUCUCUUGUAGGGACGACGCGACAAUAAGCCAUACACUUCUCUGUUGUUUUUUUCAACUACUUAAAUGGAGAUGUUACUAAGUGUAAGUUAUUCAAAAAUGAGGUCGCUCUCGCUACGACUUCAUUCUACUGCGUUGUUUUUCUUUGAAAACGAAAAUUCAAAAUUGUUUUCACCUCUCUUGUUGAUUGAACGACAUUCGAAAUAGAUUGUCGGAGCACAUGCUCACGCCUGAUUGUUGACAUUGACUUCCUUGGAAGAUGAUAGUUUGGUAAUUUUUCUCCAAUGGACAUCGUGUGUUUCCCCGUCAUUCCACUUGUAUCGAUCUGGGGCAGCCUAUACUAACGUCUGCGGCAGCGUGCACCACAUUUCAAUGAAAUAUAACGACUUACGUCACCAGCAGAGCAGCUGGAAGUGCACGAACAGUAGAGAAGGACGAUAAAAAAAGCUCUGGAAAAAUCUAUGGAGAAGCGUGCUCAUUAUAGCUAAUCUAAAGCUUGCAGCUGGGUUUAUCUUAUUCAUGACUGACAACUCCGCGUUUGCAUAUCGAUGCAUUAUCGGAGUUCGCAAAUGAAUUUACACAUAACGAAAUUAACCGAGUCGUGUCCAAAUUGUACACGACUUGACGGGAGACGGUUCUCAAACGAACCCCUUGUUCUAUCAAUAAAAGCGAAGUUCC